AUGGCGCAGGCGCCGGUUCCUCUCAGUCAUGGCAAAUAUGACAAGCUAGACCCGGUCGCCCGCUUGAAUGGCCGCGUCUUCGACAACGAUCCAGUCAUCGCGUACAUGCUCUUGGAUAUGAGCCAUGAACAGCGGCUGCAGUACUUGCCCAGUUACUGGUCCAAACUCGCUAGGUCGGCACUGAUGAACGACGCGCUCAUCACGGAGGCGGACGGAUGGAAGGCGGCUUCUAUUGUCAUUCCGCCAGGUCGGGACAUUGAUAAUGUUUGGACGCUCGUGUACUCUGGCUUUCUGUGUAUUCUUUGGAAGAUCGGAUACUCGGGUCUCAAGCGUCUUUGGACCGAGUUCUCAGGCAUGACCGACAACGCGAAGCGGAAGGGUCUCGGAGGUCAGAAGCGCUACUACUACGUCUUCAGUAUCGGAACUGAGUAUGAGCAUCGCGGGAAAGGUCUUGCCAAAGCUAUCAUGCACUACCACCAAGAAAAGGCACGAGCAGAGAAUCUCCCGAUCUGGCUCGAGGCCACCACUGAAACUUCCCGCUUACUCUACCUCUCGAUGGGCUUCCAGGAGAUCGAGAAACUUUACCUCGGAAAGGGCAAAGUUGCUGCAGAUGCUACUAUCCAGCCUGGUGGCCCAGGGAUCACUCUAUAUGCGAUGGUGUGGUGGCCGAAACCAUCAAACCUGGGCUCGGGGCCUGAACAAGCUGCUGAGACUAAAUCAAAAUGA